CCCAUGGCGGCCCCGGCGGGCGAGCUCCGCGUCCCCGUGACCCUGCAGAAGACUCGCCUGAAGGCCGAAGAGAAGAUCCUGGAUUUCGAGUUUGAGGUGCUCAACGUGCAGUUCAACAGCCGGGGCCGCUACGCCCUGCGGCUGACGGCGGAGAACCCGCUGCUGCAGGGCGCCGGUGCCGGCGUGCGGCUGCGCGUGAACGACGGCGAGGCCGUCUGCAGCGACACGGGCACCACCGACGUCGUCGAGCAGGGCGGCCCCGACGAGAUCUGCUCCUUCCGGAGGAGGAAAUUCGUCUUCACCCUGCCCAAAGGCUUCUGCAAGAACGACGGGAACCACGACGCGCGCCUCCGCAUCGAGGCCCUGCGCUUCCGCGGGGCGGCAGCUGGGAGCGGCUGGCGGGCGGGCGAAGCCUUCUUCGCCAUCUACCCCCGCCCCAACCAGCCGCGGAUGAACCUCUUCGCCGGGAGGCACGAGGACCUGUACCGCUACAGCGACGUGGCGCCGCUGCUGCGGGUGGGCAGCGACCGGCUGGCCCGGCACUGCGGCCGGCUGGCCUUCGCCGUCGCCUUCCACGAGCACCGGCCGCCGGCGGCCCCCCCGCCGCCGUCCCCCCGCACCGCCGAGCGGGGCCGUCGAGCCGCGGCGGGUGCAGGGCAGCCUCCCUGCCGGUCACCGGACGCCCCGCCGCCGAGCCGCGCGCCCCACGCGCCCGAGUCCGCUUACCACUCGCUGCCUGCCGAGGGCCGUGCCCGCUCUGCCCAGCAGCUGCCGGCUGACCCUGAGCUCAGCUCCUCCCCAGAGCUCCCGGGUGACUCAGCAGACAAACAUCUCUCCUCCUCCUCCUCCUCUCCCUCCUCCUCCUCGGUACCUGCCCCAAGGCGACUGCUGAGCCGCAGCAGUUUGCACCUCUCCUCACCAGGAUGCAGCCCAGACCUGACCUCUGCAGUGCAGCAGGUCCCGGAGUCCCCCGCCGGCGAGGAGGAGGAGGAGGCUCGCCCGGCGGAGGCUGGCCGCCGCCACGUGGCCCGCACGGGGAAGGAGGCCGUCACCGUCACUCUGCACGGCGCCAGCAACCUGCCGGCGCCCCGGGAGGGCCCAGCUCCGCGGCCGUACGUCGUUGUUAAGACCAGCAGAGAUGAGCAGCAGGCACAGGUGACCCGCGCGUCCUCAGAGCCCACCCACUCGCCCACCUGGGAGGAGGAGGUGACAGUAGAAAUCGAUGCCGAAGAUGCCAGCUGGGAAGCGCUGACCCUCACCGUGGCAGACCAGGGCACCAGGGAGGCGCUGGCGACCUACAGGCUCCCGGUGCGGCACCUCCAGCCCUUCCACCACUACCACUGCCGCCUGGCGCUGCCGAGGGAGCAGGACCCGGCGGGGACGAGCCUCUACGUCACCAUCGUCCGCAAAGGCAGCGUCCUCCCCCGCCGCGACGGCAUGGACUACGCGGGCUUGGAGGUCUUGCUGCAGGGCGUCACGGCCCCACUGGCCAGCCCGCCGGGAGCCCUCGUGGCCGUCGCCAGCGUCGUCGCCAGCGCCCGGGCGUACCGAGACAGCAUGGCGAAGCGGCCCGCCGCCUGUCCCGGCGUCGCUCUGACCACCGUCACCUUCCCCGAGCCGUCCGCAGCAGACUUCAGCCUUCCCCGCACCGCCCGCCGGGGCUGCCCGCAGAUGACGGCCCCGGCUGGGCCCCCGGAGAAGCCGACCUGGAAUACCUCCUUCCUCUUCCAGGGCAGAGAUGGGGCCACCCUCUUCUCCGAAGACGCCGCCCUGGCCAUCGAGUACUACCCCCACAAAGCGAUGUCGGCUGCCGAGAGCGCGCUCGGGCCCCUGGGCUACUCGGUGCUGCCGCUGCCCGCCGGCGUUUACCGGCGCCUGGCAGCCGACGGUGGCCGGAGCGGGCUGCGCGUGGACGGCCUCCCCGUGCAGGGCACCGAGCUGAGGACCGUGGCCGGGGCCGCCCCCACCGUCCGGCUCUGCCUGCAGCUCCUCCGGUCGGAGCGGCCGGACGCCUUCCUCAGCCCGUCCAGCAGCGCCGCCCUGCCCAGCCUGGACGCCACCUCCCUCGGGAAGCCCGAGGGGGCCGAAGAACUGCUGCGGCCUCUCGGAGCAUCGGGGCCCCCCGCGCCGGACGAGCCGCCGGUGGCGUCGCGGGUGCCCGCCGGGCUCCACCAAGGCGAUGCGUCCCUGCCGCCCGCCGACGCCGUGGCUGGGAUCCUGCCUGAAAAGCAGCCGUUCCCAGGGGAGCCGGCAGCGCCGCCGGAGGAGCAGAGGGGCCAGGAUGGCGCCGGGGACCAGGGGGAGCAGGAGACAAACAAUUACCGCCUGGCGCUGAAGCGGAUGGCAGAUGACAUCUUGUCCCUCCACCAGCACGUUGCAAGCCUGGAGAUGGAGAACAGCAACCUGCGGCGCAGCCUUACAAUGCACGAGGACCUGGGCCGCACGCUGCUCAGCGACAUCGAUGUGGAUGUCAUGACCAAGGCAGAGAUCGUGGACAGGAUUGCCACCCUCAAGCACAAGCUGGCAUCUGGCACGGUGGAGGUGCGGAGACUGAAGGACCGUGUGCAGCAGCUGCAGAACGAGCUGAUUCGGAAAAACGACCGGGAGAAAGACCUGAUAAUGCUCCAGAGAGCCCACCAGCAGCAGCAAGCUGCACUGAGGAGGUGCCAGGAGAAGGUGGCCAAGAUGAAGGACCUGGAGGAGACAGUGAGGCAGCAGGAGAAGGUGAUCCAAACGAUGGAGCAGAUGCUGGAGGAGCGGCUCUCCGGGGCAGGCAGGAGCACCAAGAAGCCGACGGGCGAAGCCCUGGCCGGGGAGCUGUACAGCGCGCUGCUGGCCGAGAACCGCAGGCUGCGGGAGGAGCUGGCAAGGCCCCGGCACCCCUCGCCCCCCAUCGCUCCGCCACCGCAAGAUUUGCCGGACGUCUUUGGCAGCUCGGAGAAACUGUCUCUGCUGGCCAAGCUGGAGAAGGCACAAGCUCGCAGCCGUGUCCUGGAGAGCCAGCUGGAGGAGGCUGCCAGGAGGUGGGGACGGGAGAAGCAGGAGCUCAGCACACGCUUGCUGGAGCAGGACCACGGCUUCAGGGGCUCAUCCUCCAGCUUUGCCCGUGACCCGGCCCUGAAGAUGCCACCGGGCCCCAUGGCCCCCAUGAGGAGACACCAGACACUGGACCCUCUGUCCUAGCCCGUGCCAGGAGCAGAGCAGUGAGGCCAUGGGAGGUGUUUCGGCUGGUCUGUGCAUGGCUGCCCUUCAUCUCCCCACCCCAGGACAUGCUUUGUACAGGACUCCAGAGAAAGAUUCAGAAAUGUAAUAUUCACGCACAUAAAGAGUAUCCAGUGCU